AUGGGAAGAUACUCAGUUAAAAGAUACAAGACCAAAAGAAGAACCAAGGAUUUAGACCUUAUAUUCGAGGAUUUGACGUCUCCGGCUAAAAUCCAACAGCUACUAAACCAGCCAUUAGACGAAACCAAACCUGGUUUGGGACAGUUUUACUGCAUACACUGCGAUAAAUAUCUCGAGACCGCUAUUGCACUCAAGACACAUCUCAAGGGUAAAGUUCAUCGUCGCAGAGUAAAAGAAUUGAAAGGCAUUCCCUACACCCAAGAAGUCUCAGAUGCCGCUUCAGGGCUCAAUCUGCAGAAGUUCUUGAACCGGGUCGAACAAAUAAAUACUCAAAAGGGACCAAAUAAGGAAGCAAACGAAACGGAGCUAAAAGCGCAUCUGGACUCAACUUUGGAAAACGUAGCAACUACGGAACCCACUCUACCGCAUCUUGUGCAACCUGAGCCAGUGGAACAGGAUAUCCAAAACAUCAACGGUGGCGAGGUUCAAAUGGAAUAA